AUGCCUCGCAAGGAGUUCCAGCGGGAUCUCAUUCAAGCCUCAGUACCAGGGCGAUUUCCCCGUCUGGAAGGGGUUAGGGCGGGCGACGAACAUGGCUCAGUCCUGUAUACCUACAUGGUACCUUUUAGCAAUGAGACGUUUGAUUUUCAGACAUCAGUAUUAGACACUCAUGACUAUCCUGGUCAUCAUACAUACUUUACAUUUGCAGCGAGCGAUAAUGUUCCCGAUGAUGUAUCUAAGGCUAUCGAACAAUUGCAACCGACCGUUGCGAGGUUAGCAAUUGGGCCGUUUCUCGAAUGCAUCAGCAACAGCAUAGAUAAUACUCUGCUGGGGGUAGGUUCUUCCCUGGAUUCCUUCCACGAGGAUCCUUCUGAAAGUGAAAUCUUCUCCGGUGAUGACGACAUGGACUUCGACGUUGACUCCGACGCCCAACUUGCGCCGCCGACGGACAAAGCCAAGGUGAUGAAGCAAAUACGCUCCGACAUGGGCACUGUAAAAAAGGCUGGGUAUCGAGUUGGCUUCCUUGGAGAAUUAACUGAAUGUCUCAUUGUCUCGGUUUCCUGCCGGAUAGGAAAGCUUGGUAUCUCCAAAGUUGCCAUGCAGGCCUGGAAUGUCCGCCCUUCGCAGUAUCUAGUGCUGCUGUUACGGUAUCCCUUAGGAUACUGCAACCUUGACGAAGUGAUUGAGAAAUCCGGACCCAAGACACCACGGAUCCAGAUGCACGUUGGUCUUUGCGAUUCGUACAAGCCUAGCUCGACUUCUGCCCUGCAAGCUUUUCUUUCGACAGACGCUGAAACCCCAGGAAAUACCAAGAAGGUGGAACCAGAGUUGCAGUCCUUCUUCAUUGGCGACUCACUGGAUACACUCCUCAAUACACAUUUCAUAGCCUUAGUGCGAUAUCGUCUUCAAUAUGGCUUUACAUGGACGGGGUCCGAGCUAUUCCUGAAAAACAGUCAAAGUACAAGCCCGGAUUCUGAAGAGGUAACACGAGGAGUGUACUUUGUUCCGGAUUCUUGGAAUGCCGCGACUCCACGGUUCCUGCGAGCAGACCAUAUCUGUGAAGGAAGAACUCCACUAUCACUUCCUCUAUCUGCAAUCCAAUUCACCCUUCGGAGAUUUGUUAAGUGCACCGAGUUCUGUCUCAAUUGUUUUUGCAAGGUCGAAGCGGGCUUCGAGGCACUUAUGCCCUACGUCUGCUCAAAUAGCUUGUGUCUGUACCAGUACAUGAGACUUGGUAUGGGGCCCAGUCUUGAGUGGGAGAUAAUAUCCCAGCCGUACGUCGUCGAUAUGCUUGUCAGUUUUACCUAUGCUCGAGCAAUGGCUGGGUACCUGGAAGACUUCCCUACGGGUAUUGGAAUGAAUGUCCCUUAUUCUGCCAAUACAAAUACUCAGCUGGUUUACCAUGGACAGCUCAACCAAUCUACAAUGGUACUGGAUGCCCGUGAUAUGCCAGAUUUAAGAGUUGGCGAAUGGAUUCUGAUUGUGCCCUCGGGCGCACAUAUUCGCCAUGGCCGGCCCCAGUGGCAUUGUCGCGUACAAGACGCCGAUUUUCCGUCUUCCAUUCGUCUAUCGCCUCCAGUUAUCAGAUGGACACCAGAUGGACAGGACGUUAAGUUAGAAGGCAGCGGCGCAGUACAAUUCAUGCGGUACAACGGCUGCUUCGACGACUUACCGGACAGCGCAAAAUGUGAAUCCAUAAUAAUGCUUCUGGAUACGCUUCCCAACGUUAACUCAAUGCGAUCUUUUAUUUCGAGCCACUCUAAUGGCAGUUCUAAGAGGGCAUUGGCGUCGUGGUGCGAUAGAAUAUCUCCUGCUGGUCUUUAUGUCCUUAGGUGGAUUGUUGCAUCAAACAGGUCAUGUAUCAGGUAUGAGGACGAUCCUGAACACCGAAUACCUCAUCUGAAUGGACAUGCCCAGUUUAGGCUCGCGCAAGGAGCACCGGAUAAGGAGCAGCGUUUUGUUAGCGCCGUGAAGUCAUUUUCUUCCUCACAUAAUCCAGAGUACCCCACACUAUUCGCUUGGCAUGGAAGUCCUCUGUCCAACUGGCAUAGCAUCUUACGCGAAGGGUUCCACUUCAGAACAAUCGCGCAUGGCCGUAGUAGGGGAGAUGGGGUUUAUAUGUCGCGGCACUUUGGAUAUUCACUGUCAUAUGCAAGUUCCCACCAUCUGAACAAAGCGUGGCCCAAUAGCACUUUGAAUAUCGACCGAGCGCUCUCGCUAAAUGAAAUAGUCAACGCUCCCGAGCAAUUCGUGUUCAGCGGCGAACACUACGUGGUAGACAAACUGGACUGGAUUCAGCCCAGGUACCUCAUUGUUGGGCAUAAAAGUGCUUCUCUGAUCAUGGGCGACACGAGAUUGGAACCAUCAAUGACAUAUACCCAGGACCCUUCUUAUGAGGCCUCUGGCCCCACCGGUAGGGCCCUGACACUCCCUAUCUCUGCUGUCAGCAGUCAUUGGAGCCGCCAGCAUGCGGAAACGACACCGAGAAAUACACGUGAAGGGCAGGAUUCACAUGACGUGAUGCCCAUGGCUGACGAUGACCUUGACAGUGUCGUCACAUUCACUGACGAUGACUGGCUGCUGGAGACAGACGGUGUUGGGAGCACCGAUACCAACGACGAGGCAACGAAAGAGGUUUUCCAUGAUUUGUCCAAAACUGAUUUUCGACCCGGAAGGCUGGAAGAAUCGACUCUGCAGCUACUUGGCCCGCCGAAAUAUGCUACACCGAUGGCUACCAAGUCUCUUCAAAGGCAUCUCCAGGCCACAUUGAAAGUGCAAGAACGGGAGCCUUUGUAUGCCCUGGGCUGGUAUAUUGAUCCAAAUCUCGUGAAUAACGUUUACCAGUGGAUUGUGCAACUACACAGCUUCGAACCGUCCCUACCGUUAUCCCAGGAUCUGGAGGUGGCGGGUAUGACAUCCAUUGUCAUGGAAUUGCGGUUUCCGCCUCAAUUUCCAAUGUCACCCCCGUUUGUGCGCAUUAUUCGCCCACGAUUCCUGCCGUUUAGCCAGGGAGGUGGAGGCCACGUUACGGCUGGCGGGGCGAUGUGUAUGGAGCUACUGACGGGCUCAGGCUGGUCUCCUGUGUCCAGUAUCGAAAGUGUCUUGCUGCAAGUUCGCAUGGCUCUCACCAGCACCGACCCAGUACCGGCUCGUCUCGAUCAACGGCGUACGCAGGACUAUGCUGUCGGCGAGGCUGUGGCGGCAUAUACGAGAGUGUGUCAAUUACAUGGUUGGAAGGUUCCUGACGACCUGCAGCAAGUCUCAUGGUAG